UGGUGUUAGAAAUCGGACGACAUGAGCUCUACAUGAACCGCGUAAAAUGCUUUAGGACGCUUUCGGCGUUUGUCUUUCAUCCGUCUAAACCAAGGACGAGCCUGAAGCGGAGCUAUUCUUCACGACCAGGUGUAACACUGUCUUAAGCCUGAGGGGGGCAGAAUGCCGGAGCAAAGCAACGACUAUCGCGUGGUGGUGUUCGGGGCAGGGGGAGUGGGGAAGAGCUCCCUGGUCCUGCGCUUCGUGAAGGGCACCUUCAGGGACACCUACAUCCCCACAGUAGAGGACACCUACCGCCAGGUGAUCAGCUGCGACAAGAGCGUGUGCACGCUCCAGAUCACCGACACCACAGGGAGCCACCAGUUCCCGGCCAUGCAGCGCCUGUCCAUCUCCAAAGGCCACGCCUUCAUCCUGGUCUACUCCAUCACGAGCAAACAGUCGCUGGAGGAGCUCAAACCCAUUUACCAACAGGUCCUGGCCAUAAAGGGCAACGUUGAGGCCAUUCCCAUCAUGCUCGUGGGCAACAAGAGCGACGAAACCCAGCGGGAGGUGGAGACCAAGGACGGGGAGGCUCAGGCCAACCAGUGGAAGUGCGCCUUCAUGGAGACGUCAGCCAAGACCAACCACAACGUAACCGAGCUCUUCCAGGAGCUCCUCAACCUGGACAAGAAGAGGAACAUGAGCCUCAACAUCGACGGCAAGCGCUCGGGGAAGCAGUCCCGUGCCGAGAGACUGAAGGGCAAAUGCAGCGUGAUGUAAA